AUGGCCACCACGGCCGCCGCCGCCGCCGCGGUCCCAGACGCUAUUCCAGCCGCGGCGCCCGCGGCCCCGUCCGCGCAACCGCAUCCCGUUCCAGACAAAUGUACGAAUUAUAAAAACCAUUUGCAAGAGUGGACUCAAAGGAAUGAUCAGAAGUUGCCAGCUUAUAAUACUGAGUCGAAACGUGACCAUCGUCGACUUGAGUUCAGAAGCACCGUUGAGGUGGGUGGCGAGCGGUUUCAAUCAGCUCGCAAUCAUAGCCGCCGCAAGGAUGCAGAGCAGGAUGCUGCCAGAGUAGCCUAUGAAACCUUGGUGACAAAGACAAUAAUAAGUGAUGAUGAUCAUACAGACGCGCUUGGGCUGAUUGAUCAGGGCGUGGUGUUCUGCAAAUCAAUUCUCCAUGAAUUUGCUGUUAAGACAAAAGCUGAACAGCCCACUUACUCCGCAGAUCAUCGAGAAGGGGUAUCACCCAUGCCCCUGUUUGUUUCUUCUGUGUUGUUUGCUGGGAACACUUAUACUGGUGAAGCUGCAACAUGUAAGAAGGACGCAGAGCAGAAGGCUGCUCGUGUUGCAGUCAAAUCUAUUUUAGCUACAAAGAAUACUUGUAUGCAUCAAAUUGUCAGAUCAAAGAAAGAGCUUAUCAUUGCCAUCACAUCUUCUGGGUUCAACAAAGAAAGAGGAGUUGUAAGCCAGGAAAACUGCAAUGCUCCAACAAAUGCAAUUACUCUAAUAAAAUUUGUGCCUGCUGGUGAAGCUGCUGGUCUAACUGCGGAUCAAGGAGCGACCAACGUUCCUGAAGAUGAUCCAUGUGCACAAGCUGUAUCUGGCUCGGAAAAGUGCAAGAAGCACAGAAAGGUUUCGUUGUCUAUGAUGGUGGAAGUGAAGGGACUGCUGGUUAUGUGGCGCUGUGUAUGA